AUGACCAGAAAGGUCUUCACCAACAGCAGGGAGCGAUGGAGACAACAGAACGUCAACAGUGCAUUCGCGAAGCUACGGAAGCUGAUCCCCACCCACCCCCCAGACAAAAAACUCAGCAAGAACGAGACCCUUCGCUUAGCCAUGAGGUACAUCAACUUCCUUGUCAAGGUGCUGGGGGACCAAGGCCUGCAGCAGACGGGGGCGAAUCCUCGGGGAAGGAUACUGGGACUGUUCCAGCAGAGUCCACGUUCGGAAAGGAUGGAAGAACUGACGCUCAUUGAAGACUCUGAGGUGCCUUCUCCUGACACGAGCAGUAGCAUCCCAGAGUGCUGGUCAGAAGAAUCAUCGCCAUGA